CCUGUGCAGCGGGAGGAGGACGUGGCGGCAGGGAAAGACAGGUGGAGACAGAGGUUACUGUCUGCUAUGAACACUGGGACAUCGACAGGUGUGGAGAAGCUGACCUGGAGGGACCGUCUCCCUGGAUACCUCAUCAACAUCUCCUCCAUCCUCUUUAUGUUCGGUCUGACGUUCUCCGCGGUUUUCGGCGUGAUCGUUUAUCGUAUCGUCGUAUCCGCCCUGAUGGCGAUGUCACCUGACCCGGAGAUCAAGUCUAACGUCCGCGUUACCGUGACGGCGACCGCCGUCAUCAUCAACCUGGUGGUCAUCCUGAUCCUGGACGAGAUCUACGGGGCCGUGGCCGUCUGGCUCACGGAGCUGGAGAUCCCCAGGACAGAGAGUAGCUUUGAGCAGCAUCUGAUUCUGAAGGUCUUCCUACUGAAGUUCAUGAAUGCCUACGCCCCCAUCUUCUAUGUAGCUUUCUUUAAGGGACGGUUUGCGGGCAGGCCAGGAGACUAUGUCUAUGUUUUUAAUGACUACCGGAUGGAGGAGUGUGCUCCUGGAGGAUGUUUAAUAGAGUUAUGUAUUCAGCUCAGCAUCAUCAUGGUGGGGAAGCAACUCAUUCAGAACAACGUGUUUGAGAUCGGCAUCCCUAAGUUGAAGAAGUUGAUCCGAGCAUGGAAGGAUAAGGGCAUUUCAUUGGAGGAGAGAGAGGAGCAGCGAGCCAGACCUCCUCAACAGUGGAACCUCGACUACACCCUGGUCCCCUUCGAAGGACUGACCCCCGAGUACAUGGAGAUGAUUAUCCAGUUUGGUUUUGUGUCUCUGUUUGUGGCGUCGUUCCCUCUGGCUCCUCUCUUCGCUCUCCUCAACAACGUCAUCGAGAUCCGCCUCGAUGCCAAGAAGUUCGUCACCGAGCUGCGACGACCGGACGCUGUCCAAGCCAAAGACAUCGGAAUCUGGUACAACAUCCUGAGUGGAAUGGGAAAGUUCUCUGUCAUUAUCAAUGUAAGUGUUAACAUUGGCGCGCACACACGCAUUCUGAGAACACGCUGUGUAUUUUUGCACACUGGUGCAAUAAAGGAAAUAUUCACCCAUUUUUAA